GGAUUUCCUGGUUAGAGCCACACCUCAGAGAGAGAGAGAGAGAGAGAGAGAGAGAGAGAGAGAGAGAGAGAAGCAGCUUCAUGAUCUCAGUCUGCAGUUCUUCAGUCUGACGCUCGGCUGGACUUUCCCUCUGGUGAGUCUCUCUCUUUUCUCCUUUUUUUCGUCGUUCUCUUUUUCUUCUUCGUUUGUGUUUAAUCAGCUGAAACUCGAACAUGCAGGGUCGACCUUCUUACCUGUGUUCGUGUUAAAUGUGAAUGUGAAGGUGUGAACGGACUCUGUAACACAUUAACUACAGGAGACAUGUUCAGAGAGCUGAAGGAGGGAGGGGACCACAGACUUUUAGACAUUUACACUCAGAACCGUGAAAUCCUCAGAGGAUCCUUUAAAACCAUGAAAUAGAGAGAGACAGCACACACACACACACACACACACACACACACACACACACACACACACACACACACACACACACACACACACACACACACACACACACACACACACACACCGGGUUUACACUGAUUUCUUUUACCUGCUGUCAGUGAUUUGGACCUAAAACCUCCUCCUUCUGUCUAAAUGUGGAUCUCAGGUUGAGCCACAGACUCUUAUGGUGGCAGAUUUGAGCAAACACUCAUCCUUAAUCUGUAAAAGAGGUCUGAACUCCUGAGGGAUCAAAUCUCUAUUUUCAAAUAUAAUAUUUUAAAUCGUAUAGAUGAGGAAACAGAGGAAGUUAGUGUAGAGACAGUUAGAGCAGAUCCAAUAACUCCAAUUUACUUUUUCUACCUGACAGGAAAUAAACCUAAAAAAUUAAUGACGGCUCCAGGGCUUGACACGAACUUUUUUCACGUUCUCCCUAAUUGAAAAAGUAAGGAGCACACAAAGAACUUUAGAGGCACAAUACUAAUUGAUCAAAUAAUGUUUUUCUUAUUGAUUGACACAAGUACAAUUAUUUGAAAUCAAUUUUAGGUCUUUUGGUCACAUGACAUUGAAGUUAUUGAGGGAAAACAGCAUUUUCUGAGAACAUCAACCGGUAAUUUUUUGACGGUCCCUAAUUUAACUCUCGACAUUGACAGCGAGGGUGCCGCAUCGAUUUAACCACGCUGCUGUUGUUAUUACCGGUUAUGGAGAGUGAGAAGACACUGGUAAAUUCUUAGUGAAUGUCCGUCAAAUAUCCAACCUAAAACUAACUUCACCGCCGUAUUUACAGGAAAAAAAAAAAUUUGGUGAUUUUUUUACGCACACAUGUAACCCUAAAUACAUUUUACAAUUAGCACACAUCUAUCUUUAGUCGCAAAUGCAAGUGAAACUGUCAAACUGGCGAGUCCUGGCCUCUGAGAAAUUUUCUGAAACACAAAAAAAAAAAAAAAACACGGUACACCAGACAUUCAUGAGUCUGAGUUAGCAUCAGUUUGAUCAACGAAAAACACAAAAGAGAAGAAAUGAGAGUCUUUAAUUAAAAAAAUAAUAAUAUACCUCAAAAUCUGAAUAAGAAACUCCUUUAAAACAGUCCAGACUGGAACAGAGACCAGGUUCAGGAGCACCAUCAGGCUCCUCCUCAGUAUCAGAGAAAUGUUGUCGGUCAAAGGUUCGACACAGAGUGUUGGUGUGGAGGUUAAAGGUAAGAGUUCAUGGGGUUCUGAGGUGUGAUGUAGCAACUCCAUAGACUGUAUAUAGAAUGGACGCCGUCUGCCUCCUCGCUGGGUGAAGCCACUCCGAGAACAGCACCCUCUGGUGAUGGGCUGCAGUAUAGGUCAUAAAUCCCGCCUCCUUACGGAGCUGUGGACAAACUUUAGAAAUAAAUGACACAGAGUAUAAAUGUUUCUCCCCCCUGGUUGUGAUGUUGACAUGUUGUUACUGUCAGACUGGUUUGUGCUCAAGUCCUCUUUUUUCUGUACAGCUCCAUUUUUAAAAGCUAUUAGGAGGUUCAUGUUUUCAAUGAUUGACACUUGAUACAGCCUAUGGGCGUACAAAGAUUGCAUAGCUCGCCCUGGGGAUACGCUGUUUGAGCCGAGCGUCAUCAUGGCGACUCUCCCGCCAAAUGCGUAAAAUGUUGGUAUCAAGAAAUGGAGAAAAAAACGUGGAAUUAAUGAGAGCUUUUCAGCGUCAAUACCCAUGUACUUGCGGAAGGCUUAACCAAGUUGUCCGUAGUAUAUACAGUCUAUGGUGGUGAUGCUCUGGAGGAUGUAGAACAUCCUAGAAUAUUACCAAACAUUCCAGACGAUUAAAGACAUUCUGAAAAAUCAAUUACGUUCCGUAACAUCAAAGAUAUUCUAAAAGAUCAGUAACAUUCCGGAACGUUUGAGAAAAUCUUGGACUUAUGGAAACAUACUGAAACAGUCUGGGAACAUAUGUGACAUUAUUGAACCUUCCUACGAAUUCCAAAGUCAUCAAAACCGCUCUGACAGAUGUUAGCGGGACACUGUUAGGUCCUCUGCUUAGCACCAUAGACUGUAUCUAGAAUGGACGCCAUCUGCCUGCCAACACUCGAUACAGUCUAUGGGUGUACCAAGAUUGAGUAGCUCAUCCAGGGGAUACACUGUUUGAGCCAAGCGUCAUCACAGCGACUCUCGGAAACUCUCCCGCCGAAUGCGAACAAUGCAGAAAAAACGCAGAAUUACCAAGAGCUUUUCUGCUUCAAAUCUGUAUACUGGCGGAAGGAGGAACCAAGUUGUCCAGAGUAAAUACAGUCUAUAGCUGCGUUUCCAUUACCCAUAGAUUUGCGCAAAACGUAAAUAUCGCAAUAGAAAACUGGUAAUGGAAACACCUACAUUUCGAAAAACCUCCCAAGUAUCGCUAAAAAGUUUUUACGCUCUCAUGAGGUGGUUUUUCAGAAGUGUCGAUAUAGAAGUAUAUCGCAAAAGUGUAAUGGAAACACUUUUCUCGCAAUUCUCUGUCACCGGACGUGACGUAGCGGGUCAAGUGACCAGUUCAUUUCAAGCGUAGAUGGCACGGUGUAUGUGGACGGGGGAGGAGACGGACUUAUUGCUGAAGUUUUGAAUUGUAUUUGUAUUUUUCUGAAGUUUUGAAUCCACAAUUCGUCUGUGAAUUCCUCAUUAACGAUCCUCUCCCAGAAAUCGCUCAUCCGUGUUCGCUCCCAUACAUACGAGCUUUGCCUUUGAAUUAUCACCCGCUGCCUUCGUCUUCUGAUGACAGCAGCGGCAACAGCAGUAAUGGUCACAGAAAUAGCUGCUCCAAAACGAAAAAUGUUUUGUGUCUCGUCCAUGUUGGUGUGCAAAAAGGCUUAAGGAAUACGAGGUCGCACGGGCAGGAAGUUUACCUCGUUGCUAGGCAACGGCCAUUUAAACACGUCUCGCGAGAGGCAGACGGCUCGCUUAUGCACUGAACACCAUUCAAUGGAAACACCCGCAAAUCGCAAUUGUACUUUGUCGAAAUUUGAUAAACAUCGCUUUUAUUUUGCGAAAAAAUGUAAUGGAAACGCAGCUUAUGAGUGACUCAGAUCAGGGAGGAAAGUUUCAGGAAGCUGUGAUGUAAAAAUACCCCCAACCCCCCAACCCACCUCUAAUGGUGUCACGGUUGGUGUGUGUGUGUGUUUGUCACAUUACCCUGAUCUGGAUCAGAGUCCAAAAGUCCACAGCUCCAUAAAACCCUUUGAACAGUCUUGAUUCGUCUCCCUGACAGUUCUGUAAAACCUCUUCCAGGUGGGUAGGAUCACCUGGAGCUCCGGAUCAUUGUUUAUGUGGUUUCUGCUGCUGUUCUGGUCCAGAUCGUUUCAGGAUAGUUCUGUGUUGGUUCUGGAUUCCUGGUGAUCAGUUUGAGUCCAGUUAUGUCUUCUUUAUGGGUAGUACUGGGUCUGGAUCGAUUUGUGGUUUUUCUGGAUAUUUUUGGGAUGCUUUGGUUGAUUCAAACUGGGUCUCUACUGGAUCAGAUUGUUCUGGUGGUUUUCUGGACUCUCUCGGACCUGGUUCUGGAUUUCUGUCCAAUAAUUUCAGCAUUCAAAUGAUCUGGGUUUGAGUUUGUGACCACCUCCAGGUACCUGAACCUUGUCUGGACAGAUUCUGGUCCAUCCUGCAGAUUCCGGUCCCUCUGUUGGACCUCUGCAGAUGUUUUUGGACUCUGAGUGUCCAGAUCGUUGCCAUGGUGAUGUGAACACGUGUUCAGAGACGCUCCGAGCGGAGAGAGACAGUCCGGACUCUAACCUGAGAGUGUGUUAGUGUUGAUUUAACCCUUACCCUUUAACACACACACACACACACACACACACACACACACACACACACACACACACACACACACACGUACACAUAUACUCACUGAUGUUAUAACCCAUCAGUCAGUGUUUGUUCAUCUCUAAAUCAGAGAACGUUUAUCGCCUGAUGUUAAAAUGGUCCUCAGAGUCCGGGUCUUCAGAGUCCGGGUCCUCAGAGUCCGGUCCAGUCUAUUAUGGAGGAGAAAUUCUGAUCCUGGUUCCAACUUUCCAUGUUUGAGGCGUUAAGGCGCGCCGUUUUGUCGGACAGCAGAGACGUUAUAGUCAACCGUUAACUGAGAUUUUCCUCGGAAUGAAAGGAAGCUUUGUCUCCCUCUCUCUCUCUCUCUCUCUCUCUCUCUCUCUCUCUCUCUCUCUCUCUCUCUCAGCUCUAUAAAUCCAUAAACCUCUAUAAGUAUUAAGAAUUGUUAUUGGAGGAAGUAGUCCUCUAUCUCAGGGGUUCCUGGUCUUCCUCAGUCCCUGAAUUAAGGCUAUUAUGGUAUUAUUGUUGUUAUUAUUAUUGUAUUUAUUAUUAUUAUUAUUAUUAUUAUUAUUAUUAUUAUUAUUGCUAUUAUUAUUAUUAUUAUUAUUAUUAUUAUUAUUAUUAUUGUUAUUCUUAUUACUAUUAUUUUCGUAUUUGUUAUAAUAAUAAUAAAAAAAAAAUAAAAAAUUAUUAUUAUUUAAUUUUUACGAUUAUUGUUGUUAUUUUUCUUUUGUUAAAACGCUUUGGCGGUAUUGUAGUAACAAUCAUGCCAAUAAAGCUAAUAAACAUUGGACCCCCACCUUCCCUUUAAGUGGCACAAAUUCGUUAACAGUAAUUAUCCCGAGUUCACAUGACCACAAAGACUGAAAGGCACUUUUAUUUUUUGAGUAUAUUUAUAUAAAUAUGUAAACUGAAGAAUUUAAAAAAAUCAUUAUUAUUGUUUUAAAUAUCCGGAUCGUAAUCUUAAGUUUUACUCCGAUAUCGUUGAAGCAGAAGGUCAGGGGUCAGGGUCACAUGACCUUCUGGAGGACUGGAAGAAGUAAAAAUGAAACGGUCUCGGACAGAAAGAGAAACAAUGAUUUGGUCUCUGAGCUCGUCUGACUGCUGUUGUCAUUUCUUAUUUUUAUCUCAAACGGCGGCGUGCUGAACAGGAAGUGAAAACAGGAAGUCUAGAGGGUGCGUCGGUGUUGAAGAUAUUAUUAAAUGAGACACUCUGCGGCGUUCAUCCUCGGCCUGUUAGACCGUGAACAUCUCAAUGUUUUCAGAUCCACAUCAUAGAUUCAGUAACGAGCUCAUUAAGUAAAGUCAAAACCCGGUCUGGUUGCCGCUGGAGUUUAAACGCUCUGCCGCCAUGUUUGUUUUGCUGAUGUGGCUGAUGUCAGGUAUUUACAUGCCGCAAUGUUCUGGUUUCUCUGAACUCCAGGAGAAUCUGGACCCUGACGUCCUCGUAAACGGCGGUAAACAGAUUCUGAUAUAUAUAUAUAUAUAAGAUAGCAUUAGUUCAGAACACAAACAAACAAACAGGAAGUGGUGUUCUCCUUUCAGAGUAAGAGUCUGUAUCUGUCGGAGAACCCCCGGGGCUGUGGGGGUUUACAUUCCUCUGGUCUGAUCUGAUGUGAUGCAUGAGGCUACAUGUUUCUGAGUCGGCGGCCUCUUCACAUUCUUCCUUUAUCGUCUGCUGAAAUGUGCUGGACGCGCUCCAGAAGUUUCCUCCUCCUGCAGGAGCAGAAAAUAGAAGUUUAACCUCUGGAUGUAACCAGGAAACACACCGCUUAUCAGCACAGCGAGGCGAGGCGCAGCAAGGCGACUUUCCCUGUUUGAUGAAGAAUGUGGAGGCUGGAAAGUUUAGAGAGGAAAAUGGUUCAAACUGAGAUGAGUUUAAAACGAAGGAAGUUCCUGUUUUUUAUUCACUUUAUUUUGAAGGUUUGAUCACAGACUGCAGGUCCAGUUUUAGACACCAAACUAAAGGCUGAUCAGGACUCUGUGCGAAGACUUUUGCUAAGUUCGAGUAACCUCAGAAGUCGGAAGUCCGAGCUGAAAAUGACGUCACACCUGAGCUACCGGCGUUUAAGUUACAAAGGCAGAAAAAGCAAAAUUGGGUGCAGAAACAAGAUGGCUACAUCUACGCAAGUUAUUUUAGCACUUGUUUCAGGCCUCUGUAAACGCUGGGAAUUUGGGUGUGACUUAAUUUUCAGCUCCGACUUCUGACUUCCAAGGUAACUCGAACGCAGCAUUUAUUUACCUGCCUCACCGUCAUUAAACAGAAUAGAGACUAAAAUAAUCAGGAACCAUGUCUAAAACUAGACCAGCUGGUCUGAAAUUCAUCUGUUAGCUAACCCAUUAGCUAAACCAUUAGCUGUUACGCCUCCCUCUCCAGAGCUACAGCUAAUGGACCCUGGUCAUACAGUUUUCAUAGAGCUAGGCUAGCAGGUCCAUGCUCACUAAUGCUAACAGGUUAAAGCUAAAUAGUAACAGGGUGUAUUUGCUAACAGGCCCCCGGGUUGUGAUAUUGUUUAUCGAAGGAUGGUAGGGGAAGGUCCCGCCUCCUUCCCCUCUGAUUGGCUGUGAAAAGUCAUCACAUGCUUAAGCCAAACGUGGGCUGUCGUACAGAACAUUAUCGCAAUUCCGAAUCUCCUAACCCUAACCCAACAGAUGAUGACGUUUCACAGCCAUAGAGAAUAACCAAUCGGAGGCCAGCACUUCUAGCUGGAGGCGGGACCUUCCCCUACCAUCCGGCACUUACAGGGAAACUAAAGCUAGAAGUGAAACCAGCCUCUGCUCUCUGUUGUUUUAUUGCGGUAAUCAUUAGCCUCCUUCCUCACGCUCUAACCAGAGGUCAAAGGUCAGCUGUGUUACAGGUAAAGGUGUGUUUUACAGAUUCGAGUCUUUACUCUCGUUUUCGUUCAGCCUGUCAGAAUCUCUUUAAGUUUUCAACUUUUCUCAUGUGGAAACAACAAAAACAUCCAGAAACUCUCUAAUUUGACUUUACAAGCCAGUGUGUGUGUGUGUGUGUGUGUGUGUGUGUGUGUGUGUGUGUUGGACCACACCCAGUGUUAAGUCAUGCUUAAUGUUCCCUCUGUGUUGACAUUUGGUUCCCAUGCAGCUCAGUGAGAGGGUGUUCCUGUUUUUAUGUCUUUAAGAGGUCCUUGUUAUUUUUCAAACUUUACAAGACACAAACUUUAAUGACCCUUCAUAAUAAAACUUCCUGCUCAAGACUUUUUAGAAAGAGCAGGAGUCACAUUAAUGUGAGAGUAAAAAGCUGCUGAGAAAUUCAGGCAGAAAAAAAAAUAAAAUAAAAUAAAACAAUUAAUGUUUGACUCCUUUGACUCCUUUGACUUAAAGGAAGUUACACAACCGGCUAGUUUCUUGUGUUUAUCUUCAGACCUCCUUCAGACAGAGACACGUGUGGUUUGUUAGAGCAGAAAAACUGAACAAAGUCAUGAAUACUAAACCAUAAAUACUCAAAGUGUCCAACUUAAAACACCAAAAGAAUGGAUAUUGAAGAAAAUGUGAAAACAAAGGACUGAUAAUGAAUAAAAUGUUUGUGCUUUUCUUCUGUUUCUACAGAUUAAACUUGGAUCAGGAGCAUCACUCCGUAACUCUUUGGAUAUUUUGGAUUCUUUAGUUUUUCUUUUUUUUCUUUCUGUGGAUUUAAACUGUUUUUUUUUUCACCUGAGCCUCCUUCAGGAAAUAAUUUCACUUUUAUUUUGAUUUAUUUUCCUCUGAUCCCUCCUGGACUCCCUCAGCAGACAGUUUUCAGUGUGAGGUGGGGUUUAUUUUUGGGGCUUUUUGGUCCUCAGUGUGUAUCAGUUUUUGUCUGAAUGCCCCAGGAUUACCCACAAGCUGCAGUUCCUCCCCUGGCCUGCAGGGCGGCAGCAGAAAGCAACGGCCAGGUGCUGGACAGGCGGAGCAUCGGCAUGAGCGACUUCUGGCACAAGAUGGGCUGCUGUGUGGUGGCUAAACCCCCACCGGUGAGAAACACACACACACACACACACACACACACACACACACACACACACAUCUCCACAUCCACAGUUAUGUAUACUUAUGAGGUCCUCAUAACGUUCUCAGUGUUAGACCAACACAGGACGACCGGACUGUUUGUGUCUGUUGGUGUUAAACUAACGCUUUUCUUCAGAGUUGUAACUCGGCAAAAUCCGAACACACAAACAUGAAACAUAUGUUUUUGGAUCCAGCUUGACUUCCACUCCCCGAGGGUACCAGGAACUCUGAAGUCCGUCCAAAAUCAACGACUACAAAUCCACUCUGAAGUCCAGGAAAACGGACACUUUCAGAGCCACCCGGGGGGUGAUCUGGGGAGCGUUUGUAUUUUUAUCUUAUCCUGCUAACAGGAAAUGUUAACAGGAGAUGCUAAUGGUGAAUGUUAGCAGAAGAGUUUUCAGUAGAAGAUGCUAAGAGAUACAAAUAGGUGCUAACGAUGCUAACAGGGAUCACCAAGAUGAUGCUGUUAGAGGUAAACUCCGCCCCUCCCAACCAGUUUUCCCCUCAGCUCCUCCUCUCCCUUCCCUCCCUGCUCCAGCAAGCCCCGCCCACAAACAGACACUCCUGCUCGCUCGUAACCUUCCAAUUCAAUUCAGAUAUAAUGCAGAUAAAUACUUCAGAUCAUUACAAAUGGGGCCCAGUCAAUGUGAAAGUCAAAAGCAUUGGUGCUACUGUAGAUGCCAACAGACUACCAGCAAACACAAUGUUUGCAGGACUUCUACAACGAGGAUAAAGUGACAUAGUCCAGGACCCGAGGGAGGACAGUUUAGCGAUGGCGCUACAACACGCUACAGCAGGUCCGUUUGACAAGAAACACUUCUGUUACAGACAGUUGUCUUACUUUGUUAAAGCGGUUUACCUGUCCAGCAGAAAGGUUACAGGGUCACCAAGAUCCCGAAGCUUCCCGUAUAGUUUAUAUUGACCCGGCUUUUUCAGCUCCUGUCCGGUCUACCUCCGUUUCAAAAAUGCUCAGAAAUGUUAAAAUGUUGACUACACAGACUUAAGAGAACAAAGAGAUAUCAUGAAAUUACCAAAUGUCAUCAAUAACUAAUAACUAUUGACUGAUAUUAGAUUUUUUGUUUAUACACUACAAAAAAAGAUGCUUCUUUAACAGAAUCCUGACCACCCCACCUUAAAUAAAAACCUCUUUGACUAGAAUAAAUAUUAGCAGACUUUAAAACCAAAGAGCUGGUUAUUCAAAAGUUUUAAUCUGGAUUAGAAGAGGCUCUCUUUUCUUAUUCCAACUGGCUCCAGAAACAGAUUUUAAAGAUGAUCCCUGAAGGAGAACUCUUGGUCUUCUCAGACCCAAACUGAACUUGCCUUCACAAACUAAUUUUCCAGUCUGUAGUUUUUUCUGAUCAGCUGUAAAUCAGAAAAUUCUAACGCAAACAAAUCAACAACUCGACUUUACUCGAGAGGAAACAGGUGGCAGGAUGUCCUUUUCCUCUUUUACCCUGACCCUUGACCUCCUGCGGGCUGAUGCCCUCUUUCAGCACCAACAUCAGUUUAUCUGGAAAUGUUUUCAGGAAAGUUACUUGAAGAGAAGCCAUAAAACUUCACUCAGAUUGAUCUAAAAUUGUUCUGACCUCUGACCUGCUGAGAGGUGCUGAUUUUUAACUUCCAAAACCCUCAACUGUGACUUUUUAAAGAUCCCAUAUCAUGUUAAUUUUAACUGUUCAGGAAGAUUUUGAAAACCAAAUUCAGCCUCUGCAGCCUCUCAGUUUCUGAACUCAUUAUUUAUGCAGUGAUCUGUGUGGGCGGGGCUGCUAUGGUAAUGAGGUGCUGCUAUGAUUGGCUGCCCGGAAGAUAAUUAAAUCAAGAAUAUUUUGGUCUAUAUCAACAUUCACUGAAGACAGGAAGAGUGAAAAAUGUAUCUGUCAGCCCCCUUGCCCCCAGUUUCCACCCCAUCCUGAAUGUCCACGAAAAGGCUGUAUCCUCCUCCGUUCUUCUGCGGAUUGCCGGACUCCACGGCUGAUCAGAAGAGUUCUGUUUUUUUUUUUUUUCGAACACCAGAGCAUGCUGGAUAAAUUCAGCACAGAUUAACCCGUGCUGGAAAGGAAGACGGGCACAGAGACAGAAUAAAACAUCUGGCUUCUUUUCAAAAUAAGACACGCGGCAGAGAUGAACAAGUGAAAGGUUUUUAGACGUCAUUUCACCCCGAUGACACCAUGGAUUAGGGGAUGCUGAUUCUAGAAGUCUAGAAGUAGAUUUCCUCCUCUUGAAGGACACAAUCUACUGCUUAUAUGUCUAUGUAGCUGGAUUUACAGAGACAACUCGUUUUCGCAUGAUUGAACGUGAAUCCCCAAGUUCUUGUGAGUUGUCAUGAUAACAGCCGCGAAAUUUGCCUCACAAAUGGAUCCGGUAGGAGUUGGCGGAUGGCAAAGAUCGCGUCCGUUCCGGAUUCGGUGGAAAUUGGAGGUUAGUAAGAGAGUUCGCACCCGGCCCUGAGAGCAGAGGGUAAAAAAUACAGUGAAGUGUUUCUUUAAAGUGAAGCUUUUUAAACUUCAUUCAAACCAGGAGAGAAAUGAUGUAACUCCAAAUCAACUUCAGAUGUUUCCUCAGUGAUCCACACACACACACACACACACACACACACACACACACAGUUUUUCUUUAUGUUUAAACGUUAAACUGUUCGGUCUAAAGAGGAAAUCCCGCCCCCUCCUCUUCCUUUGUCUGUAUUUAUAGAGCUGCUGUUUGUCUCAUUGUGACCCUGCAACACACACACACACACACACACACACACACACACACACACACACACUCAGGGAAGUGAACUGAGUAUUUCUGUUAAACUAGGCAGGUAGGAACUUCCUCUUUGGACUAGUAUGGACACAAAUAUCUCUGAGCUUAAAUCCUGAUCCACAUGGAAAUCCAGAUCGGGUUUUUUAAGUCAGUCUGAGUCUGGAUCCGUGUGACCCUGAAUCUGAGACUCUCAGGGUGAAGUCUAUUAUUACAGUGACACUGAGACCCACAGUUGUUCCACUUUUAAUUUUCUGAUUUGGUAGGGGAAGGUCCCGCCUCCUUUGCCUCUGAUUGGCUCGUAGUGUCUCUGAUUGGUUAUUUCUUAUGGCUGUGAAAUGUCAUCGUCUGUCGGGUUAGGGUUAGGAGAUUCAGAAUUGCGAUAAUGUUCUGUUUGAUGUACAGAGCCGACAGCCCAUGCUCGGCUUAAGCGUGUGAUGACAUGUAACAGCCAAUCAGAGGCAAAGGAGGCGGGACCUUCCCCUACCAUGCUACGUUAAGAAAUAUCGCCUCCCGGGUACUUGGCGGGCGGGUGGCCAUGUUUGGUUUUGACCUCACAAGGACUCCUCCUCUGGAUGUGGAUCUGUGAUGUCAUCAACCAGCUGCUCUUAUUUUGAAAUUCCAGCCUGAGUUCUUGCGACAGUGACUCACAGAUGAUGAUAAUGGUGAUGAUGAUGAUGAUGAUCAACAGUGACUCUCUAUCUGUUCUUGGAUCAGUUUGAGUCUCAGUCAGUCAGGGAAUUUCUAGAAUGUCAGGGAGUUCAGGGUUUUUGAAAUCCAGGUGAAGAGAUGUCGGAAAGUUUGUCCUUUUUUGUUUUUACAUUUUAAUUUCAUGGAACGAGAGAGAGAGAGAAAGAGAGAGAGAGAGAGGUCUGGAAAUCAUGGAAACUAUCCAGUAUGGGUUUGGAGAGUCCUGGAAAAGUCUAGAAAUCCUCCAAAAACUCUUAAAGCUGCUAAAACGACCUCUGACCCUUCGAAGAAACGCCUGACUGUUGGUUGUUGUUGCCAUGACGAUGACAGCUCUCUCUAUGCGUAGGAGGAGGAUGAUUCAGUCCCAGCUGGCAUUGUGUGUGUGUGUGUGUGUGUGUGUGUGUGUGUGUGUUUGUGUGUGUGUGUGUCGAAAUGUCCCAAGUAAGUCCAGUUGUCCUUUCAACGAAAGACUGGAAAUCAUAGAUGCUUCAUCCUCAGCUUUAAACAAUAUCUCAACCUCAAUUUCCACCUUCAUCCUGAACAUGUACAAAAAGACUGUAUCCUCAGAUCGUAGCUGAUCGUAACCAUUCAAGUUAACGUGUCAAUUUCCACCAGCUUCUUUCCGGAGCAUGCCGGAUAAACUCAGUACAGAUUAACUCACGCCGGAAAGGAAGUCGGGCACAGACACAAAAUAAAACAUUUGGCUUCUUUUCAAAAUAAAACACUCCGAACAAGUGAAAGGUUUUUAGACGUCAUUUCACCCCGAUGACACCAUGGAUGAAGAGAUGCUGAUUCUAGAAGUCUAGAAGUAGAUUUCCUCCUCUGGAAGGACACAAUCUACUGCUUAUAUGUCUAUGUAGCUGCCUUUGUAGAGACAACUUGUUAUCGCGCAAUUGAAUGUGAAUCUGUGGGUUCUUGUGAGUUCUCGUGAUUACUGCUGUCUGUAAUCCACCGCGAAAUUUGCCUCAAAAAUGGAUCCGGUAGGAAUUGGCGGAUGGCAAAAAUCUGGGACUGCUUUAUAAAGAUGUGGUGAGACUCUUGUGGUGAGGUUGGUGCUGAUGUCAUCACUCCAUCUCUGUAGUCUGGUGGAGGUCAGAGGUUUAAUUCCUUGACAACAUAAGAGUUUUUGGAGAAUAUCUGAACCUCAUCGCGUCCCUCUAACAGCUCCAGACUCCUGGUCCUGUCAGAGCAGACCUCUUCAUGGUCCUCCUCUUCAUCCUCCUCUUGGUUCUUUUCUUGGUCCCCCUCCUGGUACUCCUCUUGGUUCUCUUCCUGGUCCCCCUCCUGGUUCUCCUCCUGGUUCUCCUCUUCAUCCUCCUCUUGGCCUUCCUCUUGGUUCUCCUGUGGUUCUCCUCUCCUUCCUCCUCUUGGUCCUCCUCUUGGUUCUCCUCUGGUUCUCCUCUCCUGGUCCUCCUCCUGGUUCUCCUUUCCAUCCUCCUCUUGGUUCUCCUCUUCAUCCUCCUCUUGGUUCUUUUCUUGGUCCCCCUCCUGGUACUCCUCUUGGUUCUCUUCCUGGUCCCCCUCCUGGUUCUCCUCCUGGUUCUCCUCUUCAUCCUCCUCUUGGCCUUCCUCUUGGUUCUCCUGUGGUUCUCCUCUCCUUCCUCCUCUUGGUCCUCCUCUUGGUUCUCCUCUGGUUCUCCUCUCCUGGUCCUCCUCCUGGUUCUCCUUUCCAUCCUCCUCUUGGUUCUCCUCUUCAUCCUCCUCUUGGUUCUUUUCUUGGUCCCCCUCCUGGUACUCCUCCUGGUUCUCCUCCUGGUUCUCCACUUCAUCCUCCUCUUGGCCUUCCUCUUGGUUCUCCUGUGGUUCUCCUCUCCAUCCUCCUCUUGGUUCUCCUCUUCAUCCUCCUCUUGGUCGUCCUCCUCGUCCUCCUUUUCAUCCUUCCCUUGGUCCUCCUCUCCGUCCUCCUCGUGGUCUUGUUGUGUUACAUAAGACCUGGUAAAAACCCAGUAGAUGUUAAUCCUCUUAAUUCUGAUCUAAGUGGUUCUGACUUUGGUUCAGAUGUUUUCUGGAUCUGGUUCCUCUCAGCAGUAUUAUCUGGACUUUAAUGAGGCGUUCGGUUUCUGUUUACCAGAUGGUCCCUGAACGCAGCACAGAGACUCUCAGUAUUUCAUGAUGAUUUCAUGUUUUUCUGGACGUGUUGGAGCCUGAAUGCCUCGUCAGAAUCAGAGGCUUUUAUUCUGAAGUUUUUUUUUUUCUAGAAUAAAAGCAGCAGUUAAAUAAACGAAUUCCACUCCCAGCACAGGUUGUUUCAGAUCUCAGACUCCCGACAUGCCGUUACUCAUUUUUUUAACGAAACUAAAAGCUGUUUGUCAUCCGCUGUCAGGGACAUAAAGGAAGGAUUAAAACCAACAGACAUGAGUUUGAAGUACCUGCAGACCAAACUCAGGGUUGACUCUGUCCUCCUAUUCGGCUCCUCUCGUUCUUUCCUGAUGCAGUUUUGAUCAAUUAUCAGAAUGAAUUUAAAUCUUUAUUUUUGGCUAAACUGGGCUCUCCGUACCAACCAUCUGACUCUGGAAAUGACCUAACUUUGUCGUCAUCUUCAUCAUCAUCGUCAUCAUCAUUCUUGUUGUUUUAGGUGUGUUCAGGUGUAUGUGUGUGUGUGUGUGUGAAGGUGUCAGAGGAGAGGAUGAGGAGAUUCAGAGAGAAUGUGUACGAGUUCAGACAUGAAGGUAAAAAAAACACACACUGAUGUCACACCAAUUAACUCUGUGUGUGUGUGUGUGUGUGUGUGUGUGUGUGCGCGCGCAGAAGAAGAAGAGGAGAAGGAUCGAUCGCAGUAUGAUUGGAGAGCCGACGAACUUCAUCCAUCUCACACACAUCGGCUCAGGAGAGAUGGCCGACGGGCUGCAGCCGGUAAAACACACAUUUUACAUUCUUUUUAAUUUGCAGUAGGCUUUAGUUUAGUUUUUUUUUUAUUUGCAGCAGACUUUUGAUUUUUUUCUUUUUUUUGCAUAGGCAACUUUGAUUGUGACUUCUUUUCUUUGCAUUCUGCCAACAGCAGUGGCGGUUCUUGGCCACCUUAGAAUCUAAAAUCUGGUCCAAAUAUUGAGGCAGAAACUGUCCUUAUGUGUCUGUAACUACAAAUCCCAUCAUGCUUUGAGCAACGGGACCUGAAGAUCAUGGAAAGGGAAAAGUAUAACACGACUGUCUGAGUUUGUAAAAGAGGGUCAGCUGAUUCAGAUGAGGAUGACAUCACAGACCAGAAAAUAGAAAUAAAAAUGAAUUAAAAAAACAAUCAAACGAAAUCAGACGCUGAUGGAGCAGCUGCAGCUCUGACAAAGACCCUCUUUGUGUGUGUGUGUGUGUGUGUGUGUCAGGAAGUGUCACACAGAGCUUCUUAUUCAGUCCAUUUCUAUUUCGGCGUCUCCUGCUGCAGCGCCGACCGAAAAACGUCCAAAAUAGAAACAAAAAAAAAAUAGAUAAAAAACAGGUGAUCUGUCUUUGAGGUGAUGUCAGAAGUCAAAGGUCAGGGUUUCCUCGAUGGUCAAUCUGUCCUACCUUUAAAAAAGAUAUUAUGAAUUAUUGUGUGUGUGUGUGUGUGUGUGUGUGUGUGUGUGUGUGUGUGUACAGUCAGGGUCUGUUCAGGAACAGAUGAGAUCCAAAGGCCCGAACAUGAACGGCAGGAACAGCUUGUUAUAGCUGGUAAGCACACACACACACACACACACACACACACACACACACACACACACACACACACACACACACACACACACACACACACAAACACACAACACACACACAUACACAUAAACACACAUACACUCACAAACACACGCGCACACACGCAAACACACUUAUACACACAUAAACAAACACACACACUUAAACACAUACAUACACAUACACAAACACACAGAAACACACAUAAACACACAAACACACACUCAUACACACACACACACACUUAUACACACACACACACACACACACUUAUACACAUACACACACAUACACACACACACACAUACGCACACACACACACACACACUUAUACACAUACACACACACACACUUAUACACAUACACACACACAUACACACACACACACACACACACACACAUACACACACACACACACACUUAUACACAUACACACACACACACUUAUACACAUACACACACACACACACACACACACUACACACACACACACACACACACAUACACACACACACAUACGCACACACACACACACUUCUCGGCUGUGAUGAAUUCGUCAGCUUUAAGGUGUGCUCUUGUUUUUAUUUCUUGUUUUUCAGGAGAAAAUUAAACUGACGUAGAUCAGCUGACCUUUGCCCUUGCCAUUGAGCCCUUUCUGAUUGGAGGAUUUAACCCCUUCCUGCCCUGCUGAAGUGUCCUUGAGCAAAGAACUGAACCCGAUGAGAAAUUCCUCCUGACUGUAAAUUAAAAUGAAAUCGACCCUGACGGAGAGGAGGAAGACUUUUGGCCUUUUCCACGUCUCAGGUUACCUAAAGCUACGGACUACAUCUCCCAGAAUUCCCAUGACCCAUGACUUCAUGGAAAAACAUUGUCAUUGAAUUUGAUUUGGAAAAAUUUACUCAAAUUAGAGAAUAAAAAAUGUGUGCUGUCCUCGUCUUUACCACUGGAGGGCAGACAGGAGAGACCCUGAGAAGCACCACUGGACUCCAUUUCCCAGAAUCCAUUCUCUUCAGGAUCUGUUUUUAAUGACAGAAAGUCUGUAUCUGAGUAAAGACUGGUAAAUGUGUUUAUAAAUCUGGUCAAAAUGACAAAAGACACCAUUUCCCAGCAUUCAUAGAGAAAAUAGAGGUGUGAAACAAUCCCACAAUCCUUCCCCCCCCACACACACACACACACACACACACACUUGUGGAAAGUCCCCCAGCAGCUGCUGUGAAUUAUCCCCCACGUGUCCCCCACGACUUUAUUUCCCAGGAUGCUUUGCUGCGUUCAGCUGCUCAUGUUAAUAACUAAAUGGUGUAUUUUUAUCCUCCUGAUCUGCUCCCACGCCGUCAGCCAUGACGUCACCAGACUUCAAUUCCCAGGAUGCUUCACUCUGAGUGAUUAAAGACUCUUGUUUAAGGAGACAGGAAAGUCCCCUGAACUCAGCGAGAGAGAGAGAGAGAGAGAGAGAGAGAGAGAGAGAGAGAGAGAGAGAGAGAGAGAGAGAGAGAGAGAGAGAGAGUGUGUGUGUGUUUUAACAGAAAUUAUGGAUCAGAUUCUGGACCUGGAGCCAAACCUUCUUCAGAAAAUCUGCAUCUUUCGAGAACUGUUCUUCAUUUCUACUCCCGCUGUUUAUUCGGCUGCCAAACAUGUGGUCCGGGGCCCUGAUGGGGUCUGAGCCAGACUUAUUUUGGGUCUCCAGAGGGACUGAACAAACUGUGUUUUUAACAAUCAUCAGGAUUUCUUGAUGUAAACAUUUCAUGCAGCGACUGUUUUGAUGUUUUUCAGUUUCGUAGUUCUGCUGUUUGGGUGAUUUUCGGUGAUUUUCUCCUGAUGAAACUUUUUUACGAUCGCUGGAACUGAAUGCUGGUUGAUCAUCAUAAAUUGCUCAUUUCCAGUUUGAGUCUGUGGAGGCUGUACGGUGGCACUGAAGGUCAACCUGACCACCAAAAACUUUUCUCUGAACACCAAAAAUACUAAACUUAACUGACAAAUAAUUAACUCACAAUCAUUUCAUGGAGUAACAAAAAAAAAAAAAAAACACAAAACAGGAAAAAAAAAAUCUCCCAAACAAAAAUAAAAAGUUCAUUUUCAUGAUUUAAUAAUAAUAGAAAAAUUAAACAUGGUGUUAAGAUUGAAAAAAAGAAGACAUUAAGAAUUUGUGUUUUUAAAAAGUUUUUAAGAGGCCAGAAAUUUCAUCUUCACCUGCUCUGAAGUUUUCUGACAAAAGAAAGUUUAACGAAGUCUGAGUUUCCAGUUUUUGUCUUUAAUGUUGGACCAUAAAAAUUAAACAGCUGUUCAGUUUAUUUUAUUUACACUAAUUUAAAGUUAUUGUUGAUUUAAAAACUCAGUAUUUUACGACGUUUUGGUGAAAACAAACAAACAAAAAGAAAGAUAUUCCAAAAAAUAACUGUGACCUCAGCUGAGUAGUCGCCAUAGAAACAGCUGAGUGUUUCCCCCUCACAGUGGUGGUCGGUCACUUCCUCCUCGAACUAAAACGGAAAGUCUGACAGUGUGGUGUGUUCACUGGGCUGCUCAGAGUGUGGGAGAUUUUAAUCUUCCUCUCUCCUCAUCUCCUGACGGUGUUGGAGCGUGAGGGAGAACCAUCUGACCUUAUCGGAUCAGAUGAUUGAAUUAAACUCUUAAUUUCACAUCAUGAGACCGUGAGUCAGCGAGCUUUGAUCAGCUGAUGACGUUAAAGCGAAUAAAAGAUGAAAACCCGGAGGUAAAAACAGAAAUCACAUGACCCUCAGUAUGUUCGGCUGUACUGUCAACACUUACAGCAGCUGUUUGAGGCGCAUCAGCUGCUUCUAGUGGACAAUCAGUAAACUAAAGCAGGAUCAUCAAAACAUGGCUGCAGUUACCGCCAGUGACCACAGGAGGCGACAAAAACCUGAAUGUCUGAACUGAAAAGAAAAAUUUCGAUGUGAUGAAAAUAAAUGACCAAAAGAGACGAAAUGUGGAGUUUUAGUUCUUCAUUGGAGACCAAAUCUGGACUAUCAAAUCUAGAUCAUCAAAUCUGGAUUAUCAGAUCUGGAUUAUCAAAUCUGUAUUAUUCAAUCUGGAUUAUCAAAUCCGAAUAUCCCAAUCUGGAUAAUCGAAUCUAGAUUCUUAUACCUGGAUCAUGAAAUCUGGGUUUUAAGAUCUAGACUCUUUUACCUAGAUCAUGAAAUCUGGGUUUUCAGAUCUAGAUUCCUACAUCUGGAUUAUCAAAUCUGGGUUAUGAGAUCUGGUUUAUCGGACCUGGAUCACAAAAUAUGGGUUUAUCAGAUAUGGAUUAUCAAACCUGGGUUGUUAAACCUAGAUUCUUUUAUCUGGAUUAUUAAACCUGGGUUUAUCAGAUCUUGAUUAUCUAAUCUGGAUUAUCUAAUCUGGGUUUUCAGAUCUAGACUCUUACAUCUGGAUCAUGAUAUCUGGUUUUAUCAGAUCCGGAUUCUUAUAUCUGGAUUAUUAAACCUGGGUUAUCAAAUCUGGAUUCUUUUAUCUGCAUUAUCUAAUCUACAAUUAUCUAAUCUAUUUGAUCUGGAUUAUUCCUCCCAGUCUACAGACCACCAACACUGGAGAGCACUUUCCCACUAAAGUCAAACAUCGUUUCAGUUUUUUUCAUCCUGAAAAUAUUGUCGCACUUUUUGUUGUACUUUUUUUUGUCGUUGUUGAUUUUGUAGAACUGCUUGUGUUGUUGUAAAAUCUCUUCUUGAAUACGAGUUUCAUAUAUUUUCGUGUAUUUUACUGCAUUUUUAAGAGUAUUCAAAUAUUUCUGUGACUUUAAGGUUGAAUCUGUUCAAACCUGCAGGAUUUCAAUAAACUGCAAGAUUUAAUUUAGA